AUGGAUCAACAGCUGGUCCGGCGCCCAAUGAAGUGGUUAGCGUUGAGCUGUUUCCCAGAGAUAACGCAAAAACACAUCAAACAUCUCAAUACGAAAUCGUCAAUAAUAUUAACCCAUCGCUUGUUAUCCGAAGAGGAGAUCCCUUUUAUAUCGCACUUCGACUUAACGGACAGUACGACCAAAGUAGAGACAAAAUUAGACUUGAAUUCAUGUUUGUUUACCGAAGAGGAGAUCCCUUUUAUAUCGCACUUCGACUUAACGGACAGUGCGCGUCCGCAGAUAGGAAAGGGAACUCUCAUAUAUCUACCCAUUUCUAACAAUAAAGACUUUACCAAAGACUCGACCAAAUGGGACGCCCGCACCCAUCACAUCGAGGGCAACCAAUUGACAGUUCACGUGCACAUCCCGGCCAAUGUGGCCGUUGGCAUCUGGCGGUUACGGGUCAGCACCAAACAGCAGGGAUCCAGAAAUAUCAGAUCCUUUGAAGUCAAGGAAAACAUUUAUGUUCUCUUNUGGCAUCUGGCGGUUACGGACGACGGCGUAUUUCUGCCGGAUGACGCCAAACGACGGGAGUAUGUGCUCAAUGAUAUCGGAAAAAUAUAUAUCGGAUCCCAUUCCAAGCCUAAGGGUAGACAAUGGGUUUAUGGACAGUUCGCAGAUUCAGUACUUCCGGCCGUAAUGUUUAUGAUGGAUAAGACACGACUGGACUACACGGCUCGGGCUAAUCCGGUCAAAGUGGUCCGAUCUGUGGCCGCGAUGGUCAACAGUCACGACGACAACGGCCUACUGGUGGGCAACUGGUCGGGCAAUUACAACGAUGGCAACGCUCCCUGGCAGUGGACGGGCAGUGCGCCCAUCUUCGAGCAGUACUUGCGCACCAACGGCGAGCCCAUAAAGUUUGGUCAGUGUUGGGUGUUUGCCGGCUCGACCACCACCAUGAGCCGGGCACUGGGCAUACCGGCCCGCACUAUCACCAACUUUGUGUCGGCCCACGACACUGACGACAGCCUCACUGUCGACAAGUUUUUCACUCGUGAAGGCGAACCCAUAUCUGAUGUGAACUCCGACUCGAUUUGGAAUUUUCACGUUUGGACUGAUGUUUGGAUGUCGAGGUAUGAGUGCUUUGCCACC